AGUGUUUACCAUCAGAGCUCAACACUGAAGCUGCACGUACGAGCUCGAGCCACCGACGAAGGAGGAAGUUCGUGGUCGAAAAUAUUGAUUUAUUUGUUCGUUUUCAUCACUGCGUCGCUAAAAAGCACUCAACAGCCACUGUAGAAACACUCUGUGACCCUACUCUGAAUCACUGGAACAGCUCAUGCGAAAACUUCACGAUGAAAACCGAAGUGUCUACUGCUGCUAACUUUGUGACACGUCUAUUGAGAGGAACACGGCUGCUUUCAGAAGAACAGCUGCAACAGUUCAGAUUCUCUCUGGAAGAGGCUUUGGGGGAUCAUUAUCAGCACCACUGGUUCCCAAAUGCACCCUACCGAGGUUCAGGUUACAGGUGCAUCCGGAUCAACCACAAGAUGGACCCUUUGAUAGGCAAAGCCGCCUGUACGAUCGGAAUCGCCAAAGAGCGACUCUUUUCACUGCUGCCAAGCGAACUCACCAUGUGGGUCGACCCUUACGAAGUGUCCUACCGGAUCGGAGAGGACGGGUCCAUAUGUGUCCUCUACGAGUCCGCGCCUCCGUCGGACACAAACCAGCCAGACAGCUGCAAAGAUGAACUGAGAAUCGGACGGGCGAGUCCGUCCAAAUCCUUCAGCAUGAUGACCUGCUCCAGCUGAAGAGCGGUUUUGUGUAAUUAAUUGCUCGUGGGCACAGUAAAUCAGGCAUCGCUCACGUUCGAUUUAUUUUUAAACCUUGUUUUUUUAAGAGAUUUGUUUUUCUUUUUUUUUAAUCAACGGUGAAAUCUUACUCAUCUUCUUGACCUCAUGGUGAAAACAGAUGUAUUUUGAUUAAAUGUGUUUUAAGCUCCCUGUACAGUCCUGUUGAAUAUGU